AUGGCAGGAAUGCCACAUCUGGGACUUGCUGCUGCAUCCUCCUCAAUUUCAGUAAAAGGUGGAUUGUCUUGUGCAAUCCCCUUGUCACCCAAGCAACAACAAUCUUUUGUGUCCCCCAGGGCACUCUACAGUGACCGGCCACCCCCAAUGACCGAGAAACCACGAUGGUGGUGGAGGACUAUAUCAUGCCUUCCUUAUCUAACCCCCCUUUGUUUGACAUGGGCAUUUUCAGAGCCAGCAUUUCAUCUUCACCCUUUCUUGGAAAACGUCGAACACUUGGCAUUGCCCUUCUUACAGGCUACAUUGUGGAAAAUGCCCGGAUGGCUCGAGAUUGCAUAUCUCACUUUUUUGCAGCUUGGUGUGGUGAGGAGAAAGGAAUGGCCGCACUUCUUCAGGUUCCACAUACUGAUGGCAACGCUACUGCAGAUGGCUUUGCAUAUUGUAGUAUGUGUAUGCCAAACCAUGCCCCUUGCCAUGUUUUGGAGUAGAAUUGGUAUGCAUAUUUGGGUUGGUCUUGCAUUUAUUUAUAUGUUUCUGAUUAUGGAGUGCAUGAGAUGUGCUCUUGGUGGGAUGUAUGCUGAUAUCCCAUUCUUCUGUGAUGCGGCUUAUAUGCAAGUUCCAUUUUGA